AUGCGUCUUUCAGCCUUGACUCUAGCCCUUGCUGGCACCGCACUUGCCGCAAACAACACUAAGCCAUUUUCAUCAUGGAUGGCCUCGUCGUUUCUUUCCAAGGGCCAGCCCAUCAACAAUCACUACGUCGCGUCGGUCAUCCACGAAGGCAUCCAGAAAGCCGCGACUCAACAGAAAGAUGCGGAACUCCUUAAAUACGCCUCCAAGUCUGUAUCAUCCGUUGUCCACAAGAAUGGUACCAUCAAGGGCUGGAACGCCACAUUCUACUCACUAGACGACAUACGCUUCGGCAACAACAUCCUCUACUUUUGGGACUCGGAAGGCCGUAAAGAGGAAAAAUACGUCAUUGCUGCCAAAGGCCUGAGAGAGCAGCUCGACCGAUGGCCACGUACACCCACAGGAGGAUUCUGGCAUCGCGCCCCCAUCUACAAGAACCAAAUGUGGCUCGAUGGUAUCUACAUGGCUGAUACCUUCUACGCAACCUACACGUCGUACUUUGAGCCUGACAACACCACGGCUUGGGAUGACAUUGCGCUGCAAUUCGACCUCAUUGAGGAGCACACCAGGAACCACACAUCAAACCUGCUCAAGCAUGGAUACAGUGAGGACAAGAGCACCGUCUGGGCUGACCCAGUCACGGGCGCCAGUCCCUACGUCUGGGACCGUGCUGUGGGAUGGUACUUUGUUGCGCUCGUCGAUGUGCUAGAGGUCUUCCCAAAGAGCCACGCAGGUUUCGCCCGCAUCUCCGAGUACCUCACCACGCUCGCCGAUGGCAUCAGGAAGUCGCAGGAUGCCAGCGGUGGCUGGCACUUGAUCAUGGACGAGCUGUUCAAGGACGAGCCCCGCAACUACAUUGAAUCCAGUGCCACUGCCAUGUUCACGUACGCCUACUUGAAGGCCAUCAGGCUCGGAUUGUUGGAGAAGGAAUUCCAGGAGACGGCUGUCAAGGCGUGGAACCUGCUUGUCGAUGACUUUGUCCAGUACGAGAAGAAUGGAACCAUAAGCUUCACUGGCACAGUGGAGGUUGGCAGUCUCAAGGGCGAUGCAUCGUAUGACUACUAUGUCAGUGUGCCCAAGGUCAUCAACGAUGGAAAGGGUGCUGGGCCGUUCAUGUACGCCGCGACUGAGAUUGAGAAGGCAGGCUUGUGA